AUGAGCGGCCUGCACAGCUCUGGCAAGACCCCUCGAUCUCGACCUGGACCUGGUCUGAGAUGGGGUUCUGUGAAUCGCAACACACAACCAUUGCCAGCUCAGCAAUCUCGUCAGGCAUUGUCUACCUUGCCAAGAAGCACCCAUCUGGACUCGGCCUUAGCAUUUGAAAGUCGCAUGGCGGUGAACCGACUGCACCGAGCUCCAGUAGACGGCUGCUGAAACCCAAGCUGCCAGGCCCUGAAGAGCAUCACUACGCAAACAUCCCUGCUGCCCUUUGCGUCAGAUCGUCUGUGCGCGCAUAA